UCCUCGUCACGUGACGGGGGCCCGGCGGCGGCGGCGGUGGAAGCGGCGGCGGUAGCGGCGGCGCGUCGUUCGCGGCGCCCAGUGCACCAUGGUGGUAGCAGUGGCGGCUUCUGAAGAGGCUGCGGGAGGAGGAACGGCGGCGGCGGCUGUGGUGGUGGUGACAGCGGCGGCAGCGGCAGCGGCGGCGGCGGCGGCGCCUUCGCCUGCGCCUGCGGGUGGUAGAAAAUGGCGGAUUUUGAGGACUUGCGGAAUAUGGUUUCAAGUUUUCGGGUUUCUGAGCUACAAGUAUUGUUAGGCUUUGCCGGACGUAAUAAAAGUGGACGCAAGCAUGACCUCCUGAUGAGGGCUUUGCAUUUAUUGAAGAGUGGCUGUAGCCCAGCAGUUCAGAUUAAAAUCAGAGAACUUUAUAGACGGCGUUACCCACGGACAAUUGAAGGUCUUUCUGAUUUGUCCACGAUAAAACCUUCAGUUUUCAAUUUGGACAGUAGCUCAUCACCUGUGGAACCCGACUUGACUGUUGCUGGAAUCCACUCAUUGCCUUCUACUUCGGUCACACCUCAGUCUCCUUCCUCACCUGUUGGUUCAGUGCUCCUCCAAGAUACUAAGCCUUCAUUUGAGAUGCAGCAGCCAUCUCCCCCAAUUCCUCCAGUCCAUCCUGAUGUUCAGCUGAAAAGCCUUCCCUUCUAUGAUGUUCUUGAUGUUCUUAUCAAACCCACAAGUUUAGUUCAGAGCAGUAUUCAGAGAUUUCAAGAGAAGUUUUUUAUUUUUGCAUUGACACCUCAACAAGUAAGAGAAAUAUGCAUUUCCAGGGGAUUUUUGCCAGGUGGUAGAAGAGAUUACACUGUCCAAGUACAGAACUAAGAAUGAUUUCUCUUUGAAUACAGAUUGUGCCUAGCAGAGACUAGCUGUCCUCAAGAGGAUAAUUAUCCCAAUAGUCUGUGCAUAAAAGUAAAUGGGAAGCUUCCUUUGCCAGGUUAUGCACCACCUCCAAAAAAUGGAAUUGAACAGAAACGCCAGGGACGCCCACUAAAUAUUACAUCGCUUGUUAGGUUAUCUUCUGCUGUGCCAAACCAGAUUUCCAUUUCAUGGGCAUCUGAAAUUGGAAAGAAUUACUCCAUGUCUGUAUAUCUUGUACGACAGCUGACAUCAGCCAUGUUAUUACAGAGGUUAAAAAUGAAAGGUAUUCGAAACCCUGAUCAUUCCAGAGCACUAAUUAAAGAGAAGCUCACUGCAGAUCCUGACAGUGAAAUUGCUACAACCAGUCUUCGGGUAUCGAUGAUGUGUCCCCUAGGAAAGAUGAGGCUGAACAUUCCAUGUCGUGCAGUGACAUGCACACAUCUGCAAUGUUUUGAUGCUUUUCUUUACCUACAAAUGAAUGAAAAGAAACCUACCUGGAUUUGUCCUGUGUGUGACAAAAAGGCUGCCUAUGAAAGUCUAAUACUAGAUGGGCUCUUCAUGGAAAUUCUCAAUAAGUGUUCUGAUGUGGAUGAGAUUAAAUUCCAAGAAGAUGGUUCUUGGUGCCCUAUGAGACCGAAGAAAGAAGCACUGAAAGUUUCAAGCCCACAGUGUACAAAAAUAGAAAGUUCAAGUGUCCUCAGUAAACCCUGUUCUGUGACCAUAGCCAGUGAAACAAGCAAGAAAAAAGUAGAUGUUAUUGACUUAACAGUAGAGAGCUCUUCUGAUGAUGAAGAAGAGCCUCCUGCUAAGAGGAAAUGCAUAUUUAUGGCAGAGACACCAAGCAGUCCAACCAAAGGGGUUCUCAUGUAUCAACAUCUGUGCCCGUCAGGGUGCCCAGUGUGAACUGCCGAAUGCUGCUAUUCCACUUCAUUAACAGAUUACGCAGUGCCAUUCCACCACACACCAAUCAGUAUUUCAACAGAUUUGCCAGGUUUGGAUUUCCUUUCCUUAAUUCCAGUUGAUCCACAGCAGUACUGUCCUCCCAUGUUUUUGGAUAGUCUUUCCUCAACCCUGUCAACACGCAGCACAGCUGGAAACAUCAUCACAUCCACAAGCCCCCAGGAAAGCAGCCACUCAUGUUAGUUCAUCAAGCAGGAGUGAGCUGGGGUUAUUACCAGCAGUGGGAACAACAUUCCAGACAUAAUCUCUUUGGACUAAAAAGGACUCAUUGGACUACAGGAAUAAUUAGCCAGCGCUGCUCUUUCGUGCAUCUCUGGUCCAUGGAAUCGAUUUUAUUGCCAGUUAGGUUGAUAUUUAUUGAAGACAAAUGGAUCUGUUACCUUCUGAAAAUGAAAAAAAAGAUUAUGUGCAGCAAGAAGUAAAUAGCUUUGAAGGAUUUUUUUUUUCUUAUUCAUAAAAUACUGAGUAUCAAAUAUAUUCAGCCAAAGUUGCCAUCUUUUAAAAAUGGUUUCAGUUUCUUUUGUUGCUGGAUGGAUUCUACAAACUGGUUAAAAGUAAGUUUUUGUUGUAAUACACAGCAAUAAAAUUAUGUAAAUAGUCAAAUUUUUUUCUAAUAAAAGGCAAUUAACUAUUCUAGAAAAAUGUACGCCACACAGUCUAUGUGAGAGUCUGCUUUGCUGAAUGAGUAUUUCACAGAUCUAACUUUGACUUGAAGGAAUCCUUGUGAAAAUCCUGGCUUACUUAUGCUGUUACAACUUCUCUUUCUAUCCAAAGGAAAGGUCUCAUUUUCCCCAGAUUGUCAUUGACACUGUAGUAUUGCUUAUGAAUGCAAAAUGAAAUUCUGGUAUUUGGACAUUUUUUAUUCUAUAGAGAGAUCACUGCAAAUUCUGCUCUAGGCAUAAUAUGUUUUACUGUUAGUGGAUGUACAUUCCUGGUACUUCGUGCCACCUUUUGGAGUUUUAUUUGUUUUCUCAAAAAGGAAAUACUAUACAGCUAUGGACUAAAAACAGUUCAGUCACAACUUUUGUGGAUGGACUAAAGGAGUUUGGUAAUAUUGAUUGAAUGUUAUAAACUAAGAUAGUUUCCCUUUUUGUGAAAAGUUUGGAAUGUAGCGGGAUAUUAGGGAGAGUUGAGAAUAAGAAAUCUGAAUUUGUUUGCAAAAGCUGUGUUUUCUCUUUCAUUUUAUGGUAUAGGAUACAGAGAUCCAUUUUCACUCUAGUGCUCAGGAAGGCAACGCUAACACUGAAACCUUUGAGAGCCUACAGGCACGUUUUUUUCCUGCCCUAAGAAGCUAGUUUGCUGUAGGAUAUUUGUUUCCUUUGUUUAGUUGAAAAUAAUUCAAAGAACUUGGUUUUUCCACUUGCUAAAUUUGGUACCCAUAACCUUUAAUUAACUUUCUUUGGAAACAGCAUCAUGUUCUUUGUUUAAUUUAAUUAACUUGAGCAAGUUGUUGGUUCUCAAGGAUUUAAAUUACUUCAAAUACUAUUCUUUAGUUUGUGUGUUUUUCUUUUCUAAGAUGCAGUCAUUCCACCUAACUUUGAAACUAAAUCUCUUCUUUGACUGCCAUACAAUCGACUAAUCUUUUUCUAAAACUGAGGUGCCUUAAUGAGUACCUGUGGACUCUUAGCAUGUCUUAACCAGGGUCAGAGGGAAAAGUCUGUAAAAUAGUCCACUGCAGAUGAAUGACUGGGUUCAUAGGGUCGUGGAUAUAGAGCCAACAGGAGCCAUCUAGUUCACUUCCCCUCAUUUUAUGGAUUUGGAAACUGAGUCCCGAGGAGAUUAAUUUGUACUCAAUUCUUUCCUUGUGGCUUGAGAAGCUCACCACUGUCCCAGGUUGAUUUUUGCAAGUAUUUUACCACGUAUUCACUACUUGUGGGCUUUGCUUAAUUUCUUUUGUGGGUUAUAUUAAGUUUGUACAGAUUUAAUUUUAGGUAGCUUAUAGAUUAAUUUUCAGGGCUUCAACUAUGGUGGUAAACACCAUAUGACCUCUUGGGAAUGGAUAUAGAAGAUGUGAAAUAUAAUGAAGCAAACACCAAUUGUUAUUCACAACUUCUUUUCAUUACUAUAUCAUGCUCCUUCAGCAGGUUUCCCCAUCCAUGUGACAAUUUUGUUUCAAAACAGAAACUAAUAUUGCUUUUCCAAGAAGCCUUCUUGGGGCACCAUGCCAGAUGCUUCACUUAUUUACAGCUGCCUUGUCUGUCUUCUAACUUUGUAAUCAGAUAGUAGUGGUAUCCCAGUUUGUCUGACAGUUUGUUUAAUAAAACAUGAUGUAUAUUGUUUA